GCCACCUUGUCGUGCAAGACGACGUUCCGCAUCAAAGCACUUUCGUCCGCCAAAAGGCCUACCUUGAGAUGAGCCGCAGAAAUAAUGUCCGAGGACCUACGUCGGCCCUCACAGAGUUCCUCCGCGAAUCCGGUAUCACUCCGACAACCAUCGCACGCCGGGUGCGGACGAGGGAGGCGGCUGCACAGGAAGCUGUCUCAGGUCCUAGCAAUGCUGGGCAGGGUGCCACAGCUAACGUAGAGCAGGAUGAGACUGAGCAAGGGGAAGAGUACAAUUCUGACAACCUGGACGAAGACGAAAUGCCUUCGUCUAAGAAGCGCAAGGCGUCCAAAGCGGCCGAUUCCAAGGCGAAAGGGAAGGGCAAAUCCAAAGCGACGAAGAAAGGAGCAGACGACGAUGACGACUACCAGGACUCGGAUAAAGACCCGUAUACCGCGUUGUCGCGCAUGUGGAAGGGAGACCUGCCUAAACCGCCCGUUGGGAGCUUCGAAGAAUGUGCAAAGUGCGGCAAGCAGUUCACAGUUACUAAGUAUACGCUUGCCGCAAAUCCGCCACCUGGGUGGUUGUGCCACCCGUGCACGAAGGCGAGUGGGGCAGAUCCGUUCAAGAAGCCGGCUGUACCUCGGAAACGUAAAGUUCCUGCGGAUAAACGUGUCGUCGUGAGCUUUGAAGAGAGACGGUUUCCCAGCUUGGCUUCGAUGUGUAUCCAGCUCAUUAGUGACCAUAUCGAUGACGUUGAAGCGCUGGGGGAUAUCGGACGUCUCAACAUGGACGAGAUUGCAAAGGCUAUCUCUAGGAACAGGAGCCUUACGCCACAGAAUGCCACUCUGUUCUAUGAUGUCCAAAGCACAGAACUCGUUCUGUACGAUGUGACUAACCUCGUUCCUCCAGCGUUAUGCACACUUGCCUUUCUCAAUCCCAAUUUGACACAUCUGCGCCUCGAUCUCUGCGGCCGCAUGGAUGACUCGGUAAUUGAUGCAUGGUGCACAUCGUUACCGCAGCUGCGGCGCCUCGAACUCCUUGGGCCCUUCCUCGUGAAGGCCCCCGCCUGGCAGACCUUCUUCAAGGCACAUCCAGCACUCGAGAGCUUCCUCAUCACCCAGAGCCCGCGCUUUGAUCUCGAAUGCAUGCGGACACUGGCUGAAAAUUGCUCAGGACUGCGACAGCUCCGGCUCAAAGAGGUAGGCAAGUUGGACAACGCAUUCCUCGGGCAUAUGAAGGCUCUCGCGGCGUCCCUCACGUACUUGGACCUAUCGUACCCUGGCAACGCUCAAACACUGAGUGAAGCAGCGCUGAUCGAUCUGAUGUCCAUCAUUGCUGGUUCGCUCAAGCAUCUCGACCUAUCCGGGAAUGUCAACAUCGGCGAUGCAUUCCUCUUCAAAGGGCUGAAGCCUUAUACAAAGCAGCUCGCCUCCUUAGUGCUCGUAAAUACUCCCGAGCUGACCGAUGCCGGCGUCGCGGAGUUCUUCAACACUUGGUCAAACCCAGAGCUGCGCUUGGCCGACUUCUCGAGGGACCAGGAGCUCACUGGUGAUGCGCUCCUUGCUCUUCUGUCACAUUCUGGGGCGUCGUUGACCAAUCUGAAUGUGAAUGGUUGGAAGGCGGUGCCGCAGGCGGCACUACAACAGAUCGCUGCCCGCGCACCGGGCUUGAGAAGACUAGAUAUCGGGUUCUGCAGGGAGGUGGACAAUUGGGUCGUCAAAGAGCUAUUGCAGAAGUGUAAAGAGCUCGAGGAGGUGAAAGUGUGGGGAUGUCAGAGGUUGACGGAGGAGUGCCCGCGAAAGAGAAAUGUUAGUGUCAUCGGCGUCGAGGCUCACGCCUCGGUAUGAAGGGAUAUCAUUGUGUGCAAUGUUGCGAUGUGAUACGUUGAUCUCUUUUGCGAAGUGUCACGUUGUGUUACAUGACCAUCCAUUCUGCCUACCCCAAUGUGAUGCGCAUAUGCCUGCUUGUCUUCCCUUGCAUGCUUUUUCUGGUGUUUGUCGUUCCUAACCAUCUCGGCCACAUCACAUGGAACACAUGGCUGUGGUGUGUUUAUAUUUAUGGGUCCGUGUACGGAUCUCGGUUAAUCGUACCCUCGGCUGAUAUACAUCUCAAAUCCAC